UUUGUUACAAAAUCGCGUCCCAAGUAAAAUCAAGUUAUAAAAAUCCAAUGUAACUGAAAUAUAAAAUACAAUAAGUUUAAUAACUUUCCUCAUUUCUCACAAAUUAAUUUUAAAAACUCACGAUUGAAAUUAUCGUAUACAACUUGAAGUAAAUAUAUGAUACACUAUUCGAUUUAAUUUUUAUUUUAUUUUCUCAUCAGCUUAUUGAUAAAAUAGCUGUUUUAAUCACUUUUCGUGUGACGUGGCGUAGAUAUUUACUCACAAAUCGGGUGUUAAUUAUGUGAAAUGUGAAGUUAAAUUAGUUAUUUGAGUGAUGGAUGAAAGCACAAAUUCCCCUUGCAAGGAUUGCAAUGAAGGUGUUGAGGCACAGUUGCGAAAGGAUUUGGAGCACCUGAGGCAACACCUCGCUGAAAAGGAUGCUCAUUUUGUAGCUCUCGAGGCCGAGUAUUUCAAAUGCAACGCACGGGCUACAGAUUUAGAUGAGCAGGUCAAUACCUGGAGGGAAAAGUAUGAACGGCUAUACGAUUCACACAAAAGAGUUCAGAAAUUGAAUCAAGUGUUAGAAGACAAGCUGCUGCAGAUGGUUGAUAAGAUGAAGAGUGAAAAGAGCCAAUUGACCAAGGACAUUGCUACUUUGUCUGUGCGGUUGGCGGAGUCAAAGCAUAACUACAGUAUGCUACAGAAAGAGAAUGAAAGAUAUAAAAAUGAUAUGAAUCUUGCAAUUCAAUUGUUGCAAUGCAAGCCUGACAACUUUGUAUCUCAAAAAUUGGACAAUCUCCCUGUAGAUACACAGGCGCGAGUAUCUCAGUACGUCAUGUCGAAAACACCAAAGACAGCCAGUUCAGCGGCUUCAAAGACCGGUAAUGAUAUUGAUACAUUUGACGCAAGUGAAUAUGAAUUUAAUAUUUCAGCAUCUCUUAUGUCUAAAAUACUUGAAGACAGCAUUCAAGAUACAGUCACCAAGCAUUGUGAUACAUGCACAUGUUCCAAAUCUCAGAGCAAACCAUUUUGCUAUAAUGAAAGUUAUUAUACUGUUUCCACACAGACUCAACUUAGUGGGGAAAUGAAGAAUUCUCUCUGCCUGAACUGUAAUACAGAUAUUAAAUCUUUGAACUCGGGUUUAAGCGUGAGAAGUGUGUCGCCUCAUGCUAUCAAGGUUAUUAAUGAAAAAAUUAACAAUCACAGCCCGAGUCCCAUGUUCAUAGUUCCACAGACAUUGCCUGUGGAGACUAAAGAAAACGUGCCAUUAAUUGAAGUGGCUAAAGCAAGUACUGUAAUUGAAAUUCCGUCAAAUGAAAAGACAGCACCGGAAGUAAACACGCAUGAAGUUAACAUGGACAUACAAAAUGAGGUGUUUACUAAACCAGAUGAAAUAAAGCGAAAAGAUACUAUGAGUAUGGAACCUACUAUUCAUCAUAAGCUAUGUGACAGAACAAAGACUUCUAUCUCUAGUAAAAAAAGCAGUAUUCAUAGUGUAGGAAAUGAAGACUUACUAAUCAAAGACAUUCCAAAUGCUAAAGAGAUUAAAGUUAAAAACCAAAGUCCUUAUGCAGACUCAUUGCACAUAAGAAAGCAUUCUCAUAGUUCCUUGGGCAAUGGUAGUCGAACAUCGUCUGUAGCUAAAUCAACUGUAAGCACGCAUAAAUCUACCAAUCAAGUAGGCCCCGGGCCGCGAUUCUGCCACUUACGCAUGCAAGCUGGCUCAAAAAACAUUUUGCUCGACAACGCUGAACCGGAUGUUCCACCGGUUUUGUAUCGACGUCAAAGUAGAUGUAACGAAAAUUCUAUAUUCAAAGAUCUAAAUGAUGGUAUGGACAAUUUUAUAGAUUUGGAAAAACCAGACGACGAUGCUAAGAUUAAUAGCAACAAUGAGACGGUAGUGGUUGAAAGUACGCUCAUAGAUGUUCAUGUUGAUAAUAACAACAAGGAUUCCAAUUCAAGCAAUAAAAGCAAUUCAAUAAAUCCAAUACUACUGAAUGUUGUAUCUUCGGCACCAUUACAGCCAUUGAAGACGCAUAACUUUGCUGCUAACAAUGAGCAUAUAAAUAAUAAUGAACAGAGUAUUACAAGUCAACAGAAUUCAUGUGAAAUUGACAAUUUAUUGAGCGAUUUCACUGUUGAAAACACAGUUCCUAAAAAAGAUACAACUCGAGAUGAAGAAAAUGCUAAAAAAGUCGAUGAGCCCACCCCAACCGAUAACCAUGAUGUGAAAAUAUUUAAUUUCGAUCGUUACGAACAAAACAAGGUAGCUAGUCAAUAUGCAAGACCUCUAAAGAAGAUAGAUAUGUCACAAUUUCAUACUUUGGAAAAUACAAAGAUUUCCAAAGAUGCUCCUCCUCAGGGUAUAUUACCCAAGUAUAACAAGAAAAUCGAACCAGCCCUUAAACCCACAACACCAAAUAUUGUAAAUGUCUAUCCAAACUUGACACAAACACAUUUGAAAGUUAACGAAACUACUAAGAUAUUUACAAAUGAACAGAGCACUAGCUCGCUAUCUAGUGACGACAGCGCCGCUAUGUUGCAGAAGCAACAAUUGUUGCGCGUGGCUGAAUGGGUCGAAAAGAAUUUAGAACAACAGAAUAAUUUAAAUGAUCCAUUGGAAGACGAAUGCAGUUUCGCAAACCGUGCAUUGCGACGAGACAAUAAAAUAAACAGGCUCACUGAAACGUUAAAUGAACUGGCCCUUAACAUGCCACACCCUGUUAGUAAAUACUCUAAAUCUUAUAACCGCGAUGCUCGUAACAAUUGGAUCCAGAAUUCCAUUGCGACUCAUGCUAAUCCAGAGAAAGCAGCUAAACAUUCAGCUAACAUAAAGCUCAUGAACAACGUCGCCAAAGAAACAAUAUUUCCAGUUGACAGUGGCGACGUAACGGUAACGGAAAUAAACGAUAAUACAAAGAGUCCAACUAGUAGUGAAUUUGACCCAAACAAAGAAUUAAGAGAGGCUCUUAAAGCCAAAGGUGAUAAAGAUAUAUCGCCAGAAGAUUUGGCGCGAAUGGAAUACAAUGUCAAGAAAUUUUUAUUGAGCGGCCCUUAUUGGGUGAACCCGAAUUCGGUUGGUAGAAGCCGACGCACAAGCAGCAAAACUGAGACUGAUGUAUAAUUCCAAAUGUAGUUGUCUAAAUAGAUAACAUUCCAAAUUAAUUCGGAACAGUGUUCAUAAUUUAUUUAUAUUUACAUACGCUUAAAUACGGCUUCUAAUUUAUAUAGAGUUUUCAUCGCUAAAAUGCUUUUGCAGGACGUACCUUAGGUCUUAAUUGAAAUCUUGUGAUGUGUGUAGAAGCUUUAUUGUAUAAUUUAAUCAUUGUUUUUCAGAGUAUUGUCAAUCCUUUCCGAAAGUUUGUUUUCAUGUUUUAUAUCGAUGUUUGUGCUCCUAGUCUGUAUUGAUAAGUAUUUUUAGAUAGAAUUAUUAUAUAGUAUAAUGAUUGUGAUUAUAGCUUAAUGACUUGUGUUAGUAUCACAAUUAAGUGUCUAUCUUAAUAAUAUCAUGGUUAGUGGUGCCGGGUAAAAUCUAAUUACGUAGAAAUCGUUACCAUAUUCAUGUGAUAUAAUGAAAAAAAAUUAUCUCAAAAAGUAGUCUUCACCGAAUAAAGCCCAGAAUAUAUUUUCAAUAAAAAUAGUUUCUAUAAAAGUCAAUUGUAACAGCUCAACAAGAAAUUUGUUCUCUUUGAUAGUGGUAAAGGUGUAUAUUUCCUAAGAAAUUUUCCUGAAAAAUCUUAUGAUAUAAUCAGUAUAUAUGUGUACCUAUUUAGAUUUUACCUAGGCGUCGCACAUAUGCAAAAUACUGCAUUUAACAAAUUAUUGUAUCUUGGGCAAAUUUAUACCAAUGUAAUCUCCAUAACAAAUGCACAUUCCUUGUUAAUAUAUUAUUGUAUAAGCAACUGUAUUCAAUAUAAGACUUGGCUGAACUGUAUUAUGCUGUAACCUCCACGUCAUUAAAAUUCUGAUACAUUCAAGCAUCACAACUAAAUAUUAUUUGGGACAUAACAAGUUUCUAAAAUAUGUGAUAAAUUAAUUAGUACACAAUGUACAAAAUUAUAGCACCACUAUUUUGUAAGGAUGGUUAAGGUGAAGAAUUAAUAUCUCUUUGAUUAAAACAUGUAUUUUAUUGUAAUUCUUUUCUGUUUCAAUUUUUUUUUUAUGAUAGAAGCUUGCAGUUUUUUUAGAAUGAAAAUAGAAUCUAUAGUAAAUAAACCGGAAAAGAGCUUCGUUGCAUGUUCAAUUUAUAAUAUAUAUCUAAUAUAAUAAAAUAAACAUUUAAUCAAAGAGAUGUUUAUUUUUUUCAGAAUUAGCGCUUUUCAUAUAGGAGAAAUAUUUUUAAAUUGCAAGACAAAACUGCUUUCGUUAGAUUAUACACCUUACGGUAACAUUUGCCUGUGUCAGAGUUGAUGGAAGUAUAUUUUAUUACACUAAGAACAAGAUAAUAUUCUAAAUAGAUAUGAUAUAUUGUGAUCGUACUUUGAUAUUUAUUUUAUAAGGAUUAUAAUCCUAUUGUAAUAAAUAUGGUGUUAUUUUUAUGUGCAAUGAUUUUUUUUUAUUUGAAUUUGAUUUUUUUUAUGCAAAGAAACUACAUAUUUCACAUCCCUAGCAGCUAUGGCAUCUGUUCGUGUGUUGCGUUUCUGAGCUUUCCUUUUGAAUUCCCUUCAUAUUUUUUCCAUAUUCUAAACUUAUAAGUUUCUCCUGAACUCGUCAAAUAGACCGAUGAGUCACUUUUCUUGCACACCCUAAAGGAAUAUCAAUAUGAGGAAAAAUUACUUCCACCAGCUCGGAUGGUUCUGGAUUAGAUGUGAUUCUUACUAUGCGAUUCAACUAAGAAAGGGAAUGUUUAUGACCUUUAUGUGUCAAUUUUAUGUCAUUACUUGAAAAUCCAUCCUUUUUGCAUUUCUGACUUGUUAGCUGAGAUUAUUGUUAAUUCGUUUGAAGUAACCUAUGACGCAGAAUCGUCCUAUUCUUAGUUGAUCCGCAUAGUAUAUAGCUUUGUUCUUAUUAAACCGUAACCUUGCGUACACUAAAAAGUCCACAUCGAUUCCGUCGAUAAAACGUUAUUGGAAAUAGCUAAAUAUAUACACUAAUUAUUUAUGCUUUUUGCUUACACGACAGACAGCUGAUUAAAUAUUUUACUAUGUGUAGUGUAUUUAAUGGGUGUUUUAAAAAUACUUUAACUGUAUAAUUGAAUGGAUUUAUAUUUUUUAAAUAGCGUAGUUAGGGUAAUGAGAGAUUAGGGUGGUACGUGGAAAUUUUUGCUAUUUUUCGUGUGUAAUUUAUAGCACAAUUUUGAAAAAAUAUUAGCAUCCGACUAUUAUUCCAAAAAUGACAUUUAUUUAUUUAUUCGUUUUUAUUUGAAAUAUAUGGUGCGAUUUAACGACAAUUUUUUUUAAACUAUUUUUCAUUAUUUUAUAUCGAAUUUAAUUACUUUAUUAGGGUUGUAUAGGAAAAUGAGGUUGUACUAGAGGCACAAAGUACGUGGCAUUAUCUGGAUAAGAUGUAUAAUGAUUUGUAAUGGUGUAGCUAUGAUGAUCUGAACGAUUUUUAUAUUAGUUUAACAAAUAAAAUUUAUCAGCACGAUGAAUGUUAAAGAUUUUUUUGGUAUGACAGGAAAAACAUUAUGCUUUUAUUAUUGUCGACUUAAUUUAUAUGUGUAAAGAAUAUUAUCAGAAGCGUAUAUGAUGAUCUCAU